AUGGAGGAGGAUAAAAUCCACUUGAUGUGUUGGCGAGCCAUACUGACCAUGCUGGUUUUGGCGAUGGCUGAUUCCCACAGCUACGGUGCCAUCUGUCCCGCCGCCUGCCGCUGCGAGAACGACGUUCUUAAGACCACGUGCUCAUCCGCCUCCCUGGAAUUCGUUCCCAUCCAGCUGAACCCCGAAUUGCACGAACUAGACCUCUCGAAUAACAGAAUCGUCCAGCUCCACUUCUCGUUCCCUUUCUACGAGAAGCUCGUCGCACUCAACUUGUCGAACAAUAGGAUUAAGACAUUGGGAAACUCCAAUUUCAAUUCGCAAAGGAACCUGACACGAUUGGACUUGAGCGCUAAUCAAAUAGAGAACCUCAGCAAGGAUUCCCUGAAAGGACUGAAAGCGUUAACGCAUUUGGAUCUCAGUAAUAACAGUUUGGAAGAACUACAGUCGGCUGCAUUCCGAGAUCUACAUUCCCUGUCUGUGCUGCGGCUCAGUGGAAAUCGGCUGAUUCAUCUCGAGGAAGGUUUAUUCCACACAGGAAAACACCUAAAAGAGCUCUAUCUGAACGACAACCAAUUUCUUGAAGUACCAACUGCUGCCCUUGCUGAUACCACUCGCCUACACUAUCUCUCCUUGUCACGAAAUUACAUUCUGACCGUAGAAGAAGGGGAUAUGCCAAACUUAUCCGAGCUUCGUAUCUUACUGCUCGACAACAACGUCCUCACAGAUAUCCAUCCAGCGGGGCUGUCAAACCUGAUUACUCUGGAACACCUAGACGUAAGCGACAACAACUUGACAGCCAUGCCCACCUCAUCCCUAGCUAAACUUUCCACACUAACUUCCCUCAAACUCAGUGGCAAUUUCAUUAGCAGCAUACCUCCGGUAGCGUUCAAAGGCUUGUUCCAUCUGAGGAUACUAAGAAUAGACCGCCUAGAAACCUUGGCUAUAAUCGAUGUUAGGGCUUUCGUAGAUAACAUUAAUCUUGAAGCAGUGAAUAUGGACUAUAACAUAGGAAUGACUAAGUUGCCUACGAGACUUUUCCACGGGAACCCGAAAGUCAAACACAUCUCUGUGAGGGCUAACAACCUCCGAACUCUAGAGGCUACUCACUUCCCAUUAGAUCAGUUACACGAACUGAGAGUCGGAGGCAAUCCGCUGCAAUGCAACUGCUCGCUCGGCUGGCUGUGGCAACUCAUCCAAGAGUACAAAUCAAAAUCGUCAAGAAUCAAUGCUACCAUCUCAGGACCUAAGAAAGAGAAGCUCCCAUCGUUCGACUUGGCUAUUGAUGACAGCGAUAUUACUUGUGAAGGGCCUGAGGAUCUCAAGGAAGCGCUAUUAUCAAGUGCUUCUAGACACCAAAUGGAUUGCUCAGUAGGUUGGAUGGCUGCUGUUUCAGUAGCUGUAACAGUCGUCUUUAUACUGGUAGUUAUUGGAGGAGUAGUCUAUUGGGCACCAAAACGUCAAUCGAAGAGCACCAAAAAAGAACUCUCAGUAGAGGAGACCAUAAGGAGGAGUUUGCCUCAGCCAACUAUUCAUAGAAAAACUGAAGCUUACGACACGUAUGAGACCGCCCAAGUCGAAAAAUAUAUUUUACCCCCACCUAUGAUGAUCCACAAUGAGUAUCGUUCUCUGCCAUCUUGGGAUACUUACGCUACACCUUCGAUGAAUAUAUACGAGCAGUUAAAUGAACACAGGGAUAGACCGCAUAUUGUCUAUGUUUGA